AUGUCUUCCAACAUUCCUACCAACGAGCAGAAUGCUGUUGUCGCCGACGGAAGCGACGAUGAUUCUGUCUCGUCCAUGGCCUCGCAGGUUGCUCACCUGAACCUCGAGAGCUCCUCUCCCCCGCCUCUCCUGUCGAGCCAGGUUUCUGAUGAUGAGGGUGACGUUACCAUUACCAAGGACGUUUACGGAGAGGAUUACCCAGAUGAGGAGGGCCAAAUCCCAUUCCUUGACAAGGACGGUGAGCCAGUCGACGAGGCCACACCUCCGGAGGACUUUGGCUCCUGGCCAGAGUACCUGCUGUUCUGCAAGCAGGGGCCAAAGCUGAAGAUCAGGCUGGCGGUGGUCAGGGACGGGGAAGCAGUUGGCUUCCGAAAAGUCAACUACCCGAAGAAGAUGCUGCUCGACCACUCCGAGUACUUCCGUGGUCUCCUGCGCAACGCGGGAGCGAUGGCCGAGUCGGAGAACGGAUACGUCGACUUGGACGAUGUCGACAUGGUCAGCUUCGAGAGGGUCUUCAUGAUUCUCUCCUCUGGGCACCCCGGUGCGUACAACAACAUCGGACCAACCUUCAGGACCCUUUCGGACCUCCUGGACGCGGCAAUCCUCUGCGACCGCCUCAUGAUGAGGCAGAUCGAGGCCUGGGUCAAGAAAAUGAUGACCGACUACAUCCGAGACAUGUCGGGCUGGUCGAUCCAAUACCAGCGCGAGGUGGUCGCGCACCCGAACGCUGGGCUCCUCGCCCAGCACAAGGAGAGGGUGAUCGACGUGUCCGACGCGUGGGAGAGGACGAUGGCCAUGAGGGCCGACAACAUAGGCCUGCCACUCCAGCCGCGGCACUAUGUGAACUUCCUCAUCACCUCGUGCCCCAAAUUCCUGCUAUCGCAGGUGGUCCACGAAUUCCCGCCGGCACUGACCACGGAGGUCCUGACACAGAUGUUGAUGCUGCCCUAG